ACUCAAAAUCUCAAUCUACCCUCAUUUUCAAGCCGCAAAAGCAAUUUCCAUGGCUUUAACCAAGCCAAGAUUUGGAGGCUUUCCAUCCUCUUUCUCUAUGCGAUUCUUCAAAUUUACUCUUCUUCAUGGCUAACCCCCAAAAAAGAAGUUGAAACCGGCGGCACUGAUACGAUCGAAAAGCCCCUAGCCGCCGCCCUUUCACCCGGGGAAACCCGUAUCGCCGAACAAUUUCGUUCCUUAAUCAAAUAGCACCACCGCAAAAACCCAACCCGGAUCCAAACUCGACACCACCAACCCCAAGCUUCAUCAUCCCUUCUCUAUCCCUCGACUUCUCCAACAUCUCCACUGUCCAUCCUAUCUCCCCUUCGUCGUACGCUACGUCAUCGACAGGUGUUGUGGAGUUCGCCAUGGCAUACCUUUCCUCCAAACAUUGUCUUUCUUUAAUUGGGCCACCACCCGAUCCGAUUUUGUUCAAACUCCCGACCCGUACAACGAAAUGAUCGACCUUGCUGGAAAGUUGAGGCAUUUCGACUUGGCUUGGCAUUUCAUCGAUCAGAUGAAAGCCAAUAGCGUCAGCGUCUCACUUGAAACCUUCGCGAUUCUAAUCAGGCGUUACGCGAAGGUCGGAUUGGCUGCAGAGGUUGUGGACGCGUUUAAUCGCAUGGAGGAUUACGGGUGUUGUCCUGAUAAGAUCGCGUUUUCGGUUUUGAUUAGUAUUUUAUGCAGAAAAAGAAGGGCCGAUGAAGCUCAAACUUUUUUCCAUAAAUUGAAGGACAAGUUUGAACCUGAUGUGAUUAUGUACACCAACUUGUUUAACGGCUGGUGUACGGCUCGUAAUAUUUCAGAGGCCGAAAGGGUAUUUAAAGAAAUGAAAAUGGCAGGGAUUAAGCCUAAUGCGUAUAGCUAUACUAUUGUGAUUGAUGCAUUGUGUAGAUGUGGCCAAAUUACUCGUGCUUAUGAUGUUUUUGCUGAGAUGGUCAAUGUAGGUUGUGAGCCAAAUGCGAUUACUUUUAAUAUUUUAUGAGGGUUCAUGUCAAGGUCGAUCGCACCGAGAAGGUUUUGCAGGUUUACAAUCUGAUGAAAAGACUCGGUUGUAUUGUUGAUACGGUAACUUAUAACUUUCUCAUAGAGAGUCAUUGUAGGGAUGAUAAUCUUGAUGAGGUUGUUAAAGUGCUUAAUUUGAUGCUAAAG